AAAAAAAAAAAACCGUCCCUCUACAUCAUCAGUAAGUGCUGCGUCUCAGAUGUGUGACGUAAGAGUGUUUGGGGACUACACGUGAACGUGAACCACUAGUUUCUUCUGUCUGAUAACUACGGGCAGCAGUCAAGACCGCAGCCUCAGGUGGAUGAAGACCACCGUGACCCCCCGUGGCCGGGACGGGAGUCACGUGUUCAGGUGUUGUCAUGAGGGGCUGCAGCCGUCGGGCCGGACGAGCUGCGAGGAAGAGGAGGCAGAAAUGUGAAAGCUCCAUCCAGUCGGUGUCUCUGGGUCACCAGCUGCAGUAUGUGAGGCUGAGGAAGUUUCUGCACCAACGAGGAUUCACCUCAUCGCUGCUGCAGCCCGCCCUCUUCACUGACACAGGCAGAGGAUUGCAGACUCUCAAAACUAUAAAGCCCUGCCAGCUGAUCAUUUCUCUGCCAGAGUCCUGUCUCCUCACAACCGCCACUGUUCUGAGCAGCUACCUGGGGCAGUAUAUCAAGAGCUGGAAGUGCCGUCUCUCUCCGCUGCUGGCACUCUGCGUGUUCCUGGUGUGCGAGCGGCACCGAGGAGAAGCGUCCGAUUGGUUCCCUUACAUCGACGCGCUGCCCACCACUUACACCUGCCCCGCCUAUUUCGCCGACGGCGUCCUGGCCGUCCUGCCCGCCGGUGUGCGGAGGCGGGCCUCGGAGCAGAGGCGGGCAGUACGAGAACUCCACUCCUCCAGUCGGGACUUCUUCGGAUCCCUGCAGCCGGUCCUGAGUCAGCCUGUGGAGGAGGUGUUCACGUAUGAAGCAUUGAGGUGGGCGUGGUGUAGCGUCAACACUCGCUCCGUCUUCAUGUCCCACCCGUCCAACAACUUCCUGUCUGGACAGGAUCAUUAUGCUUUAGCCCCUUUCCUGGACCUGCUCAACCACCGGCCGGACGUGCAGGUAAAAGCAAGUUUCAAUGACGCGACGAGAUGUUAUGAAAUCAGGAGCGUUUCCGGGACCGUGCGCUACCAGCAGGCCUUCAUCAACUACGGUUCCCAUGACAACCAGCGGCUCUUGUUGGAGUACGGCUUUGUCGCCCCCGGCAACCCUCACAGUGUUGUCUAUGUAGACGCAGAUCUCCUCUGUGACGUUUUAAGAGGCGACAGGAGUUUGGACCAGAAGAGGAAGUUCCUCAAAGAGAACAACUUCGUUCAUAACCUGACUGUGUCCAGCGACGGCCCCAGUUGGAGGCUGAUGACGGCUCUCAGACUGUUGUCCAUGCCGCAAACGCUGUAUCGCCAGUGGAAGGCAGUGUUGCUCGGCCAGGCGGUGUGUGAAGAGAGGGAGGAGUGGAGCGUCCACACGGCCGAGACUCUCUGUCAGCGACUACUACAAGACACAAACGCAGCUCUGGAAAAGAUCUCCGACCUCCUGCGGCAGUGCGACCCGGCGGUCAGGGAGCAGCUGGACGUGGUGCAGUCGCUGCGACAGGAGGAGAGGUGCAUCCUGGGACGCUGUCUCGAGGCACUGCGGGGCACGGUGAGACAACCAGAUGAAGCGUUGCCAUGCCAACCAGAUGAUAAUGAUGAUGACGACGCCGUGAGCUGACAUCUGGGUGGUGCCCUCGUCUGCCAGUUGCAACAAGAUGACAAGUUAAUGGCUGGACUGGUGACGCUGUACGACCAUCGUCACAGAGGCAGCAGGACGCAGCAGUGAGGCGUU